AUUUAAUUACAGCCACCACUUUUAUUCGCUGUUUCCACAGAACAAUUCCAAGAAUUUGAGCCACCUACAAAUAACCAAAUCUUAAAAUACUGCGACAGGCAGUAUUAGGAAGUAUUAAAAUAGACCAUGGUGUGUACACAGCAUGAGGCUGAAAGGCACUCAUUCAGAUGAAGACAUUUAACAUUUAACACGAAAUGGUCCGGGCGUUCGUGGAGGAUGAAAAUUCGCAAAAAUUUUCUGCUAUCCUUGAUAGUGUGUGCUGUCUCUAUGGAUAUUUUUGUGUGUAGGAGUGCCACCACCAUCAAAAUUGGUGCCCUUUUCGAUGCCCCCGACCCCUACAAAGAGCGAGCUUUCGCCUUGGUCAUCAAAGAGCUCAACUCCAGACAUGUGCACAGCACGUAUAAAAUCCAAGCAGUUGUGGAACAUCUAAACGGCGACGAUCCUCUGGAGGCAAUGACAGCAACUUGCUCAUUAAUGAAACAAGGCGUUGCCGGCAUUUUAGGGCCAACUUUGGAGCACAACUUCAGAACAGUGCAAUCGAUUUGUGACGAUAAGGACAUCCCCUAUUUAGAUGUAAGAUGGGCUGAUGAUCCCGGAACCCCCACAAUUAAUUUUUACCCAUCUCAAAGCGCGCUGACACGACUCUACGUAGAUGUUAUCGCAGCUUGGGGCUUCGGAGACUUCGUCGUUUUAUACGACAAUGCACAGAGCCUCAGACGAAUCAUGAGCUUUCUCGAGACGUACGACGAGAAACAUAAAAUCGUGUUGCGCCAGCUAGACCAGCCCGACAGCGGAGAUUACAGGCCGGUUCUGAAAGAAGUGAAAAAGACCGGGGUGAUGCAAAUGGUCUUGGACUGUUCGGUGGGGAUUUUGCGGGAGGUUUUGAUACAGGCGCAGCAAGUGGGCCUGAUGUCGGAUAAGCACACGUUUUUUAUCACCAAUCUGGAUUUGCACACGCUGGAUCUGGUGCCGUUUCAGUACGGAGGAACCAACAUUACUGGGAUUCGCAUGUUUGAUCCACAAUCUCCAUCAAUUCAAACGCUCAGUCGUGGUAUUUUUGCUGAUGAAAUACAAAAAGAUCCCGUUUUUGCUAUGCUUGCUCCCUACCGACUACCCCUAGAUGUAGUUCUAGUAAUAGACGCAACAGAAGCAUUCGUCGAGACUUUGAAAGAAAUUCCUGAUGUUGCUAUACCCAUAGACUGCCUGGACAGCGAAAGAUGGCUUUCUGGUUUAACAAUCACAAAUAUAUUGAAAGGAUUUGUUUUUCAGAAGCAGUUUUCCGGUCUCAGUGGAAAAAUAUCUUUCGAUAGUAAAGGCUACAGAAAUAAGUUUGCUAUUGACAUUUUUGAACUGAAGGAAGGAGGAAUAACCAAAGCAGCAAACUGGAGCGACGAACGAUCAGUCCAAAAAAUGAUGAUUACUCGUCCUCCUCAAAUCGAAGAAGAAGAUACCCGAAAAACGUUGAAGGAUACUUCGUUUCGUGUCCUUAUUAGUUUGGUAGAACCAUUUGCAAGGUACAAAAAAGUGAGUAGCGUGUCGUCAUCGAGGAAUGAUGAAUACGAAGGAUACGCCAUAGACUUGAUUCAUGAGUUGUCAUUGAUUGAAGGGUUUAAUUACACUUUCCUUAUCCAAGUUGAUAAAAAAAAUGGGGAGUUUAAUCCUGCUAAAGAAGAGUGGGUAGGCAUGAUAGGUGCUAUAAUAGCAAACAAGGCAGACUUGGCUAUUGCAGACUUAACCAUAACAUCAAGUAGACAAAAAGCGGUAGAUUUUACAACGCCGUUUAUGAACUUGGGAAUAAGUAUUCUCUAUCAAAAACCGAGAAAAGCCCCACCCAGCUUUUUCUCAUUUGCAGACCCAUUCGCGUUAGAAAUUUGGAGACUUUUAGCUCUCGCUUACUUCUCAGUUUCAUUGGUGCUAUUUGUUCUUGGAAGAAUAUGUGCUUCAGAGUGGACAAAUCCUUACCCUUGCAUCGAAGAGCCCGAAUUUUUGGUCAACCAACUGAGUUUACGGAAUUGCUUUUGGUUUGUGUCUGGAAGUAUUAUGCAACAAGGAACAGAAAUUGGCCCCUUAGCUUUAUCCACACGGCUAGUAGCGGGAAUUUGGUGGUUCUUUACACUCAUUAUGGUUUCGUCAUAUACUGCAAACUUAGCUGUUUUUCUGACAAGAGAGACCCCCAUACCUCAUUUUAAUGAUGUCUUCGAAUUAGUACAAAACGCAGAGGCUAAAAAUAUUAAAUGGGGUGCGAAAAAAAGCGGUUCCACGGUGGAUUUCUUCAAUGCUUCGAGAGACCGGUUCGCAGAAUAUGGUCAAAUUUAUGACUACAUGAUGGCACAUGCUGAUGAUGUACUGGUGGAAGAUCCCACUCAAGGUGUAGAGAGAGCAGAACGCGAAAACUAUGCUUUCUUCAUGGAAAUAACAUCAAUAGAAUAUGAGAUUCAAAGACGAUGUAAUUUAACAGGUGUCGGAAGGUUACUCGAUGAAAAGAGCUAUGGAAUAGCAAUGAGAAAAAACUCAACAUACAGAAACGUCUUAAGUCGAGCGAUUCUGCGGCUACAACAUUCCGGAAAACUGACGGAGUUGCAGAGAAAGUGGUGGGAAGAGAAACGUGGUGGGGGUUUCUGUGAAAGUCAAGAUUCUCAAAUGGAAGCUACUGCGUUAAAUCUAACGAGUGUUGGUGGUGUGUUUUGGGUUACAAUUGGAGGCGUUAUUCUAGCAGUCGUAUUAGUAGUUGCUGAAUUAAUUUUACAUGUGGUCAAGGUUUCCAUACAAACAAAAGCGCCGUUCGGACAACUGCUUGUGGAAGAAUUCCGAUUUUAUUUUAAAUUCUCAGGGAUGGUGAAACCUGUACCUAGGGCGCAGUUGGAAAUGGCUAGCAGAAAACCGAGCGAGGAAAGAUUGUCACGGGUGAAUAAUUAGUUUGAAAGUAUUUAUAUUAUUAUGAAUGUUCCUACUAUAUUAAAUUUAUUUUUGUU